AUUUGGUCAUUGAUCUCGCGAACGACAAGUAUUUCGGCAGGAAGAAGCUGAUCAGUAUCUGUCAGGAAGCUGUUGCAUGCGGUUCUUCAGAUUCAGUGGCAGCUGGAAACAAUUCCAAGAGAGUUUUCUUCCAGAGUGUUUUGUUGCCAUUGUUACGAGUCGUUUGCCAGCCCGAGUUUUGCAACAACCCUGCUUCGAGCAAGGUUAACACGACCCUCGCAACCAUGGUUGAAGUGGAAGGGUUUCAAGAAUACCUCGUCAACUGCAUGAGGCUUCUGACUCAAAGGGGAACAAUAGGCGACCUCGAGAAAAAAGACGACGGCGUCAAUGACUGGGACACGGCAUUUCAGAUCAUCAUCAACUUUUUUCACUUGACAAUGGACCGUUUCCACUCCUUGUUUGACGCUACACAAGCCAGCACUGACAUGCAGCAGCUUGAAGCCAUGCUUCAGAAAUGGCAGAUUGAGAAGCCAGUGUCUGAUGGAAAGUACCAUAGCCUCUACUCAGCCAUUCGCAGGCUGAGGAAGUCUCUUGAUAGGCGCAGUCAUUGCAAAAGACAGAGGCAUAGCACGGAGAUUGGCCAGACGCCAGUUGAAGUCUCCUACGAGCCAGGUCAUCAGCUUUUGACCAAGCAAGCUGUGGAUGGUCCGGGUGAACUCAGCUUAGCUGGCCACCCGAGGCAUGAUAAUGACCAUGCAGACAUAUCAGCCAUUUCCGUGGCUCCAACCAUGGAAGAAGUUCUUUGCGAUGUCCCUCCUUAUCUGCCCCGCAAUAAUGUGGAGGAGCGUCAUCACCUCCCUGCUGGCUCUGUAGGACGCCACGUGGACAUCCAGUUCCGCCUUCUCAGGCACGACCUCGUUGCUCCUCUCUGGAAUAAGGCCUUCUUUCUGUUGGAAAGUCUGAAGCGCGAAUGCUCCACUCGUGAAAGCAGAAGCGCCAGCAGGGAAGGGGCCAUGACGGGACUUGUGAAGGCAGACCGAAGCUUGUUGAAGGGUUUGGCUGUAAACAUGAAAGGAAUGGUGGGGUUCUCUUCAGACGACAUGGACAUGUACAUGCUUCAGGAUGUCCGGGUCCUGUCAAUCAAUGCAGAUAAGAAGAACGGUGUUUAUUUUUUUAUCGACUUCUUAGAGCCACCUAUUUCACAAGGUCACCAUGCUUGCAGCAGGAUGGAGUUCUGGGAGCAUACGAAGAGGCUCCAGAAUGGCUCUCUGGUUUGCCUGUGGAUUCAGGACAUCCAUCAAGAUAACAUGGAAGCUCCAGGUCGCCAGAAGCUUGUCUUUGCAACCAUCACAGCCCGAGACACGCGAAGGCUAGCCAAUCAGAGGCCUCAGAUUGGAGUCCAGCCUUGUCAAAAUAAUCGGUUCAGUGCAGAGCUGCUGGAGCUCAUCUCCCAUGAUGGCUCUGCUAACAAGCGAGUUUUCAUGCUGGAAGCUCAUGGGAGUUAUUUUGCCUAUGAGCCGAUUCUGAAGGCAUUGCAGAACAUCAGUGAAGCAUCCUUUCCGUUCUCGGAAUACAUCUGUGAUGCACCUGACAGCCCUAAGACCAAGCUUCCAGCAUAUGUCGAUGACAGCAUGCACUAUGACCUGAGUUUGCUGGUUCAGACCAAGGCCUCGCCUUCCCAGCAAGAAGUUUCUCCAGACGACUGGUUUUCCAUCAUAAACGUUCCAAUUUCCGACCCUGACGAGUUUCCGAUUGAUCUUCUCAUGCGUUGCACAUCGCUGGACCACCCUCAAUGCACGGCUCUCCAAGCUGGUUUGACUCAAGAGUUCGCCCUGAUCCAAGGGCCACCAGGAACCGGCAAGACUUUUGUUGGAAUCAAGCUCGUGGAAGUUCUCCUGAACAACGCCUUUGCAGAUGCGGUGGAUGGCGGCCAGAAGGAUAAUCCCAUGGGUCCGAUUCUCUGUGUGUGCUUCACCAAUCAUGCUCUCGACCAGUUCCUGGAGGGCUUGAUCGCAAGUGGCAUAAAGAAUGUGGUUCGAGUGGGAGGUAGAAGCAAGUCUGAGUCUCUUCAAAAGUACAACCUCUUCAACAUCAUCCAAGGGUAUUCUCCCCACCACAGCCAGAGCUACAGGAACUCAAAGUUUUUGGUUCACAGCAGGAUGGGAGAGGUUGAAAGAGUCAUUGCAACCUACAGCGAGGCCUUGCGGUUCAGAAAUGAUAACUUCCAGGCCAUGUCAUGGGGCUUGAUCUCUCCCCAUUUGAUGGCGAACCACCCUGUGUUUUUUGAGGCGCUCCAAAGCCCUGUGGAGAUCGACAUUGUUGAUUCCAAGCACGUGGCACCCGAUUAUUGGAACGAGUGGAAGCGGGGCUUGACGAAGGAAGCAGUUGUUCGUAGAAACAAAGGACUCAUGGAGGCCAUGAUGAAGCAUGCACCGGUAGUUGAGAUAGCAAGAAGUAGCCAGGAGGCAGCAACCAUGCAGAGUGCACGGGCAAUGGACACGUCCGGUGACCGAGCAUUGGAGGACCUGCUCGAAGUGGCAGAUCCAUGGGCAACCAGCCUACGGGAGAGACUGAAGCUUCUGAGGCAUUGGUUGGAGGAGCUCAAGGCGACUGCCAAUGCUGCUAUCGAAGCAGAGGUUCGCAAUCAUGCGAAGAAGGUGGCGGAAAGUCGGGAGCUCAUGGAUAUAGAGGACCUGCAGGUGCUGAGGAAGGCGCAGGUGGUGGGCAUGACCACGUCUGGGGUGGCCAAGAUGCAGCGCCUCAUCACGGCGCUCGGCCCGCGAGUCAUCGUCGUGGAGGAGGCUGCUGAGGUGCUGGAAGCCCACAUUCUCACGUCGCUUACCCCGCAGACUCAACACGUCAUCCUCAUUGGCGACCACCUGCAGCUGCGGCCCAAGGUGGAGGUGUACGAGCUGAGCAAGGACUCCCAAAAGGGCUUUGACCUGGACGUUUCACUCUUCGAACGCCUCGCCCUCUCCAAGCAAAUCCCCAUUUACACCCUCGCCACGCAGCGCCGCAUGCGUCCGGAAAUCGCCAACCUUAUCCGCAGCACCAUCUACCCCCAGCUCACAGACCACCCAUCUGUUCAGAGCUACCCCGACGUUCGAGGCAUGGCAACAAAUCUGCACUUUUGGGACCAUGACAGCCCGGAGAAGGGCGGUGAUUACCUAAAUGAGUCAAAGUCCAAGACAAACGAGGGAGAGAUGGACUUGGUGGUGGGUCUGGCGACGUACCUGCUGCAGCAGGGGUACGCGGGAGGGGAGAUCACCAUCCUCACCCCGUAUGUUGGCCAGCUGCUGAAGCUACGCCAGGCGCUCUCCCGUGUGGUCAAUGUGAAGCUGGGGGAGAGUGAUGCUGAGGUGGUGGAGGAGGCGGAGGAGAAGGCUGCAGCUAGGGGCGGUGGAUCCAGAGAACGUGAUGGCAGGAGCAAGGGUGAUUCGUCACAUGGCUCAUGGUCGCAGAGCAAGGGGCCGGGACCGGGAGAGAGCCAUCUCGUGCCGUCCACAGCGGAUUUGAAGGAUGAAGUGCGGUUGGCUACGGUUGACAAUUUCCAGGGCGAGGAGAGCACAGUGAUCAUCAUCUCCCUCGUACGGAACAACGGUGACGGCAAGAUCGGGUUCCUCAAGAGCCCCAACCGCACCAACGUGCUGCUCUCCCGUGCCAAGCAUGGCAUGUACAUUGUUGGAAAUGCCAGCACGAUGAAAGCUGACCCCAAGUCUGUGCUUUGGCCGAAGGUUCUGAACAUCCUCAAGAGCAAUGACCGCAUUCAGAAGUUCAUUCCGCUGCAGUGUGUAAACCACCCUGACACCAUCACGCACAUUGAGAAUGCGAGCGACUUCAAGGAGAAGGCGAGUGAGGGCGGAUGUUCUCAGAUGUGCGGCUUCAGACUCGUGCCUUGUGGACACACCUGUCCUCGCAGGUGCCAUGGGGACGACAGAGCACACGCCAAGACAUUCUGCCCCAAGGAAUGUAACCGCAUACGGCCUCUGGACCAGUGCCCAUACCAGCACCCGUGCCCUAAGCAAUGCGGGGAGGAUUGCGGCGAAUGCAAGGCAGUGGUCAAAUCAAUUACACUACCUUGUGGGCAUAAGGCAGUCAACGUUCCGUGCUUCCAGGCACAGCGACCAGCUUUGAUUCCUUGCUCGUGA